AACCAGCACAUGCCAAGGAAGACGUGUCCCUCCAAGAGCUUGACCACACGCUUCUCAGUAUUUUAGAAUCUGAUCACACUUGUGCGAAAUGUACAGGACAUAUGUUUAAUUAAAUUGCACAUUUGAAAACUGGGGAAAGAUUUACAUGGAAUGGCCUUACCUGGCUGUUAAACAAGUCUCAAAGUGUCCUCACACUUAACUCUUGGCUUUCUUUCUUGGGGAUAGAGCUCUCGGACGAACUGUAGGCAACCAAACUAACGCAACAGCUGAGCAUGAGGCACUCGUUGAGCCUCGAGCAUGUGCUCACGCCCAACUAAAGACGUCGUGUUGGAACCAAUAGUUCUACCCAUGUGUGGCAGCGUGGAGCAGAAUUACACACACGUUUGGAAAGAAGCCGUAUCGAGUGGUCUUUGUCGCCUUGAACUCACAGUAUUAGGCAUGCAGUCAGAUUGUGAGUUAUGAGGUUUCAGAUAGAGGUCAGGCCGACAGAGAGGAGUGUUUUGUCAUGUGAUUAUAUUGUGAUCUUUGGUUAAAUCAGACCUAUAUGGGCUAUGACCCGUCUUACAGGCAGUUGAAGCGUAUGUGCCUUUGUCCGAAGACGCCCCUUACUUACUAUCAACCAUCACACUCGAGGUGGAUUAAUUGUUAGCUGUUAGGGGGGAAUUCUCUAGGCAGCUUUUGGAGACGCGGCGGCCUUAAAUUGCCUCGGAAGGAUUACUUUUUCGUUGCAGUUCUUUGUCACCGAGGGACUAAUUUUUACAACAUGCAGGAGCACCGAAUUUCACGUUGGUAUUUUGGGGGAAUUGCCUCUUGCGGAGCCGCUUGCUGCACCCACCCACUGGACCUUAUCAAGGUGCUCCUACAAACGCAGCAGGAAGUGAAGACCAGGAUGGUGGGCAUGGCCGUACACGUCGUGCGUAGCGAUGGCGUCCUGGCCCUCUACAGUGGCCUCAGCGCCUCAGUGUGCCGCCAGCUCACCUACUCCCUGAUGCGCUUCGCAAUCUAUGAGACUGUCCGUGACAUGAUGGGCAGUGAGACUGGACGACCCAUGCCCUUCUACCAGAAGGUUCUACUAGCUGCUGUUGGAGGACUCACGGGGGGUUUUGUUGGUACACCUGCAGACAUGGUUAAUGUAAGGAUGCAAAAUGAUGUUAAGCUGCCACCAGAGCUCAGGAGAAACUAUGCACAUGCACUGGAUGGCCUUUUUCGAGUCUGGAGAGAAGAGGGCAUGAGGAAGCUGUUCUCAGGGGCCACCAUGGCCUCCAGUAGAGGCGCUCUCGUCACCGUCGGACAGCUCUCGUGUUAUGACCAGGCCAAACAGCUGGUUUUGGGCUCAGGAAUGAUGAGCGACAACAUUCUCACACACUUCCUAGCCAGCCUCAUAGCCGGCGGCUGUGCUACUAUUCUCUGCCAGCCUCUGGAUGUGAUGAAGACCAGACUGAUGAACUCAAAAGGGGAAUAUGGAGGGGUGGUCCACUGUCUGCUGGACACUGCGAAACUGGGACCAAGGGCUUUUUACAAGGGUCUUGUUCCGGCUGCAAUCCGACUGAUCCCUCAGACCGUGCUCACCUUCAUCUUCCUCGAGCAGCUGCGUGCGCGUUUUGGGAUCAGGGUCAUCACCUCGACGUGAUCGCUCACCCCUAUCCUCAUCCCUCCUCCCUCGUCCUCAGCUCUGUGGACACUUGGGGUCCAGGUGGACCAGCUAGAUGCCUAUUUUCCACGGAAGACGGACUCUGCCCCGUUGGUCCACUUUGUACUCAUGAAUGGACAUAGCCGAGACUAGUGCCACAUGUAUCACUACUAUAUUUUGGGGAAAACGCAACGGAUCUCUGCUUCAUAAUCAUACAUUAUUAAUCUUCACUAUUUGGGAUGUGAUGCAUAAAUUAAUGUUUAUUUAAUGGUGUCAGUGUUUUCAAGAGUUUAUGGUGAGUCAGUUGGCUAAGUUGAAAGAUGUUUGUGCAUUUCAUGAAGACCACUGUUGAGUGCCUCUUACAUGCACUGAUAUUAAUGAUGUUUCACAAAGACUUUUAGGAUGUGUUGGUCUGCACUGCUUGGGUAGCUCAAUCUUAAGGGAUCAGGGAAAGGAAAUAUGUUUUUUGAUGCAAUGCCAAAACAUCUUAUUCAAGGGGCAAAACAUUAACUUUUGAGGUUAUUGGUUAUGUUGCUGGAUUAAAUAUGAGACUGGAACUCAUGUAAUUGCCGUUAUUAAAAUAGGCUGUGUUGAAAAUAGCUGCCUCACCAAACAUAUGCUCUUCACAAAUGUCUUCCUUUUCAUUAUUUUGUUCUUUGACUUUGCCUGUUAAACUUGUGUGUUGAGUUACUUUUAUUUAAUAAUAAAAUAACUAUUGUGUUUUGCACCUUAAA